AUGGACACCUCAUUAUCAGCUAUACUUGGAUAUGCCAAGAUUCAUGAUCUUGAUAGCAUUGACCAGGAAAUGCUGAUUGAGGUAGAAGACGUGAAUUUCACUGAGACCGGAGUGAAAGAUUUUCCAGGAACGAAACCGUCCGCAUCAUUGCAAGCAGCCAACGCUCAUAUGCGAUUGAUCUUGACACUUGAUAAAGUAAUCAACUUCAUUUAUCCCAACAAUAGAGUUGGGACUUCCGCUAAUGAAGCUAUGGCUGCUGUGCAUGUUGUUGAUCACGGCAAAGUGCGGGAAAUCGAAAAUGAUCUUUGGCUAUGGUGUCAAGAGUUACCUGUUAGUACUCAUUCCAGCAGAAGUGAAGAAGUGCAUAAUUACCGCACUCGACAAUUUCUGAGCCUAGCCUAUGCUCACAUGCAGAUGAUGCUGUACAGACCGUUUUUGCAUUUUGUCUCCGGAAACGCUUUUGUGGACGAAAGUAAAAAUAAAACGUCACAGGCUUGCGCUUCGGCCUACUUCAAAGUCUGUCAAAAUGUGGUUCAAAUUGUGAAAGACAUACAAAAACGUGGGAUAGUCAUCGGACUGAGUUGGUUUAUGAUAAAUAUAACCUCAUUUGCCACUCUUUCCUUGGUUUAUUUAAACUGUCAACGGACUAAAUCGUCUGAACCACCUGAAACUGAUGUCGACGCUCGAGUAUUACAUGAAGUACCCAAGCUCAUAGCUCAAAGAAAGCGGGAUGCAUGCAGUUAUCUAUCAGCCAUAAAGGCUUUGUCUAAACAAUUAUCGCCAAAGACAAGCUCUACUAAUAGUACUGCAGUGCCACCAACUCAUUGUAAGGACAUAUCCUCUGUGUCGGCAAUUCUACUGGAUGAAAAAGAGAAAGGUGAAACCUGUUCUGACUUACGCCCAUGCCAUUCGAAAGGGACCCCUAAUAGUGAGCCUACAAAUCAAUUGUCAAAAUUUGACGAUGAAAGUGGCACCAAAAAUUAA